AAUGUUUAGCACAGAAGAAUUUAUUAUUCAAUAUAAGAAUCUUUCAAAUCCUGAUAAAAGUAUAAGUCAAUAAGCAAAUCAAUAUAUCCUUAAAUUACAAUAAACUGAUGAAGCAUUUAAUAUUGCUAAAUCAAUAUUAGAUUAAUAAAAUAUUCAAUAAGAAUAUUAAUUCAUAGCUUGUCAAUUGAUUUAUAGAAGAUUAAAAGAGGAUUGUGAUAUAUCUAUAUAACCCUAUCUUUUAAAUUUAUUAGGAAGGCCAUUUACAAAUAUUGUAUUGAAUUAAGUUUGCUCAUCUUUAGCUGUUAUUAUUAUUGGUAAUCCUCAGCUUUGGAAAGGGUAUCAAUAUAUUAUCUAUACUUUUAGAAUACUACAAGAGUUAAUAUAAUUAAUGAAAGUUAAAAUGUAAUUAGGAAUUGAAAUUCUUACUUAAAUUGCUAUUUAAGGUAAAGAAUGCAAUUCGAAUAAAGUAUAAUAUCAAUUGCAACAAGAAUUCUAGACUUAAUAACAUUAACUUUCGGAAAUAUUUUAAAAUUUAUUUUGCAUUUAGGAUUUGAGUAUUUUUAAUUAAACUAUUCUAUGCAUAUAAUCAUGGGUGUAAUUGUCAUUUAACUUAUUCAAAGAUUCUAAUAUGAUUUAAUAAAUCAUACUACUAAUUACAUAAGCUUUGUAAAAUAAUGCUAUUGAACAUUCUGAUAAAUUGUUUUCCUUAUUAUAUGAGGCUGUUAUUUUCUCAAAAUAUAAGAAUUAGAAUAUAGAACCUGUUGUUCGAUAAAAUUUAAUAAUUAUAUUAGAAUUCAUACUUCAAAUUUACAAUUCAUAAAUCUCUGUUAUGUAUGCAUCUUUAGCUACUAAGCUUAUCUGUGAUUUUUAUCCUAUUAUAUAAAAUUCUCAUUAUGAAGAAAAAGUAUUCAAUUUUAUGUUCAAUAUGGUUAAUAAUCAAAAGAGAAAAAUUGUAUUUUAAACUUUUGAAUUUUGGAGUCAAAUGAAAUAGUCUCAUUUACUUUAAGAUUUUUGGUUGAAAAUAUUACAAUGUCUAAUUGAUAAAUGUAAGACAAAAUCAAUCAAAUUAACUAAAGAAUUCUUAACAGGAGAAACUGAAGAUGAAAAUGAUUACUUCAAUUCGACAAAUCAAGAAUGUUAGGAGAAUAAUAUAUCUACUUCUGAUUUUAGAGAACAUUGCAAAGAGAUAUUUAUUUGCAUUUAUAAAAGUGUUGAAUAAUUAAAUCAAACAGAUAUAUUUUUUUAAAUCAUUUUAUCAAAUUUGAUUAUUACUAAUCCUGAUUCAGCAGAUUAAAUUAUUUAAACUGAGGCAGCAUUAUUUUGCCUUUUUUCAAUUAUUGACGAAACAGAUUUCUAAAUCAAUAAUCAAUUAAUUUUAUAAAUUUUAUAAUUUGUGCUUUAAUUGCCAAAUAAUUCCAAUUUUUAAAUAAUUGUAAAAACUUCUUUACAAAUGUUUACUGUGUUAACUAAUUAAAUAAAUUAAAACUUUGAAUUAUUGUUUUCUAUAACUAAAUAUUUUUUUCAAUACAUGCUUCAUCCUUUAUUAGGAUCUUUAGCAGGAGUGUAUUAUAUUUACUAAAUUUUAGUGGUUUUGAAUAAAUAUGUAAUAAUGGAGAACUUAAUAAUUAAUAAAUGAUUUCAGAAUGUAUAACAUUCUUAGAACAACAUCUAAACGAUUUUAUAACCUAAACUCAGUUAAAUUACUUUCUUGAAGGUAUAUUGAAAUUAUGUCAUCGUAUGUAUUUACUUGGAAAAUUAGAUUACAUAAUUCAGGUAUAACUUUAAUUUAUAUUUUUAGUUAUUUAACUUUGCAAAUAACCAAUUUUAACUCUUAAAAAAUAUGAAUUUGCUAACCAAAUAGUAAUUCACAUAUAUUAUUACUUUGAUAGUUGCAAUAUUAACAUGGAUUAAUUCAAAUAUUGAAGAAAUCGAUGAUAAAUUAAAUUAAAUAUCAGAUUUGCUAUGUUAAUCAUUAACAGAACCAUUAAUAAUUAUACUAAAGGAAUAAUAAUGUUUGUAAAAUAAUGAGGAAAUAUACUAAUUAGUAAGAAUGAUAAUGAAAGUCUCUAAUUAUUAAAACUAAUAAUAAUAAAUAAUUUAAUUACUUUAAAUAUCAUUUCAAGUAUUUUAUUAAAAUCCUACAUAAAAACAUUAAUGGUUAUAAUUAAUUACAAUUGUUAUAAGUAGAUCUUAAGAAUAUUAAUUUAUUUCUUAAUGGACAUAUUCAAAUAGUUAAGAAAUUCAUAAAUUUUGCAUAGAAUAAUUUAAAUAAUGGAAAGAUUCAAAUGUGACAAAGGUCUAUGUUGAGUUUGUAAAAGAAUGUACGAGAAAUUGUUAAUAAGCAGUUUUUGAAUCACCUUACUUGUAUUUGAUAAUGGAAAUAAUUAGUGAAGCAUUUGAGACAAUAAACUCUUACGAAAUGCAAAGAGAAAUUCUAAAUUUUUUUAAGUAAAUAAUAGUAUUAUAGUAUAAGAACUUUGUCUUAAUAUAUUGAAAAUGGAAAGGAAUAUUUCAAUAAGAUCAUAAUAUAAAUAGUAAAAACUUUAUUUUUAAGCAUAUCCAAUAUUAAUCGUGCAAUCGUAUUUUAAAUUAUAUAGAUCUUACAAUUCAUCUUAAAAAAGGAUGUAAAUGUUAGAGAACUAAAAGAACUUAUUUUUUAGACAUUAUUAAAAAGUUGGGGAGCAAAGAAAAACCCUUAAUAAGUUGAAAUAAUCAGUUAAGCAAUAGUACAUUAUUUAAGAUAGACUGGAGAAAGCGGAUUAAAUAGAGAACUAAAAUUAUUGUUGUAAAAUUUAAGAGAAAUGGGAGAGGAAGAGAUUGAUUAUAUGCAUUUGGAAGCCAUAUUGAAGUAAUGAUAAUUAAAUUUCUAUUUAUUGUG